CGACAUGGUCGCUGGAGCAUCCUUCAAUUUGCGGCUGCGUAAACAUAAAGCAUUUGGUGGACAUGAUGAGAUGUGGUGCCCUGACCGUCUUGGCCGGUGCUUGGCUCGUCUUUGCAGGUGGUCACGUGAUAGACAAGAGACAGGUUGGUACCUUCGUUAUUAUAAUGAGAUCUUCUCAAAGAUCGUAUAGGUUAUGUUCUUAUUGGUAUUACACUUUUAUAAAGUAUUUGGUUUAUUUUUAAUUUAGGAGUUUAGAAUCUGCACUAUAAACCAACCCUGCUGGAAACCCAACCCUAGGCUACAAACCCAACUCUAGUGUAAGUCCUACUCUACUAUAAACCCAACCCUGCGAUAAAUCUAAAUAUAGUGUAAACCCAACUCUGUUGUAAUCUCAACUCUUCUAUAAACCCAACCCUGGUGUAAACCCAACUAUGCUAUCAACCCAACCCUGCUGUAAAACCAGCUAUGCUAUAAACCCAACCCUGCUGUAAAACCAGCUAUGCUAUAAACCCAACCCUGCUGUAAAACCAGCUAUGCUAUCAACCCAACCCUGCUGUAAACCCAACCCUGCUACAAAUCCAACCCUCCUAAAAACCCAACUCUGCUAUCAACCCAACCCUGCUGGAAACCCAACCCAUCUGUAAACCCAACCCUGCUAUAAACCCAACUCUGCUGUAAACCCAACCCUGUUAUAAACCCAACCCAGCUGUAAACCCAACCCUGCUAUAAACCCAACUCUGCUGUAAACCCAACCCUGUUAUAAACCCAACCCUGCUGUAAACCCAACCCUGCUGUAAACCCAACUCUGCUGUAAACCCAACCAUGCUGUAAACCCAACUCUGCUGUAAACCCAACCCUGCUGUAAACCCGACCCUGCUGCAAACCCAACCCUGAGGUAAACCUAACUAUCCUGUAAUCCAACCCUGCUGUAAACCCGACCCUACUUUAAACCCUUCCUUGCUGUAAACCCCGUAAAAUCCCGUAAAACAUAUUUCGAAUCGCAAACUGGUUUAAAAAAAACAAACAAUUGUAAUACAAUCCAAGGCCGGUCAACACUUAUAACUAUGUAUCCCUUUCCUUAGGCGAUUUUCCCCAAUCUCGUCCUAUGUGUGGACAGUGAGGCACGACUUGCUGACCAAUCUAACAUCUAUGUGAAAAGCCCUUAUUUUGGUUUCAGCAAUUACUUGGCCAACACCAGAUGUCAGCUGACCCUACGGUCCGGCGCUGACCCUUUGACCGUUAGCGUACAGUUCGAGUAAGUCUUUUGGGUUACGUCGGUGUUUUCUUGUCAUUGUGACCACUAGACAGCAAUUAGAGCUGGGGUGGUCAACCUGCGGCCCGCGGGCCACAUGCGGCCUGCUGAUAUGUUAAUGGGGCCCACAGCAUCUUCUGAGAACUGGCCUUUUUUAAAAAAAAUAGUAAAAUCUAACAUUUGUGAAUGGUGAUCUGUAGGAGCCUUAGAAAAUUUUUAAACACUGUCUAAGUUUGUCAAACUAAUCAUAAAUGAUAAUUAAAGUUUUAAAAAAAAUAUAUAUAAGGUACUUCUUUUUUGCGAAUUGAACUCGGAAUGAAUAAUUGCAGCUCGUCUUUAAUGACGUCUAUUAAAAUUAGCAUGCGUCUAGACAAAAAAGAACUAAUUCCCAUGCGGCCAUCUUGCUCUGCCCGAAAAGAUUGCACACCCAUCUUUUGAGUCUCAUGGAUCUAAGCGUCGGUUUACCGUUAGAGGGUUCAAUCCCCCGUUAGUAUCUUGUUUAACUGAGACGCAACUGUCAGAGAGGUGACCCGUGUCAGUGGCCAGAUGGCACAUUAGACCAAUGUCUUUUUAACGUUGUUGAUCAUUAAAUCCUUUAGCCCGCUAUUAAUUAUAAACACAAAAGACUGACAAUGGAGCGGGUCACAGAAGUGAAGACAAGGCUCAUUCAAAAUUUUUAUUUUUAUUAAAUUUUUUAUUUUUUUUGUGUGGGGGGGGGGGGGGGGGGUAACGGGUGCACAACAUCGGACAUAGUCUCAAAUAGUGAGCCAAAUUUAAAAAGUAUCAGAAUCCCUGAAACUUACGACUGCACUCAUUAUAAGUUGAUUUGCUGAACGUACUGCAUGGCUAAUUUGUUAACCAUUUUUUUCUACAUACUUUUAAAACUUUUUUUGUUGUUCGAAUUGUUUGUUGAGGAUUCUUUUGGCGGCGGGCGAUCGGCCUUGUCACCUCGCGUGCGUGAGACAACUCAGUGUAGUGUUACACAUGUUUAAAAUAAACAUUAAAUUGAGAUCACCAUGAAUGAGCUGAUCUAAAUGAUUUCACUCUAUCGCCACCAACCAGUGCCUUCGACCUUGAACUUGAAGCACGCGCCUGCAGCUCGGACUCGCUCUGCGUGGGCGGGGUUCAGUUCUGCGGCAACUGGCAGGUCAAUCGGAGGUUCACCUACGUCCUGCCCCCGGGCAGAAACUUCACCCUGGUCUUCAGGACGGACGGAUCGGUCACGGCUCGAGGGUUUCAGGUAAGUGUCCCACUUCUGCUGUCACCGUGGAUGUCAUGGUGGCCCAAACUCAUAGUUUUGUGGCACUCCCUCCUAACUCCGAGAUACCAUUAAAAUUAAAACCCAAAUGUAUGCAUGUAUCCAACUGAAAGCAAGACUAUACAAUUUAUGAACACAGACGUGAUUUUUGUCGCAAACAAUAAAACGUGUAAUUACAUCUUAUGACAAGAGCAUUUCUUACUCCAGGUCCAGAUUUCCGCGGUUCGUUACGACUACCAACCAACCUUGAUCACCAGCGGCGGCGUUGGCAGCAGCAGUGGCGGCGUCCAAACGCAACUCCUAUCCUACAACGGAGACUACGAGCACACUUACCAGGACAAAUGCGCUGUCGACGCCGAUGGGGGUUUCUGGAACGACCAGACGACCCCAUAUUAUUACAAUGGAAACAGCUCCUUCGCCGACCUUUGGUGGGGUCAAGGUCAAGCUAGCCCGAGGGACCCAUUCACUGACACCCGGUACUACCAGACUAGCCCUGACUACUACCGGCCAUCUCAGCAUCUGGACAGAAUCCCGAUCCUGUAUUUCCUGUUCGAGGCCCAGGCGGCGCUGAAUAAGGCGGCGUUCAAAAGAGGGAGGGCCACGGACAACCUCCUUAGAGCCUAUGAUGCCAGUGGCGGCAGAGCCAUUAAUUACAAAAAAUAAUGUAAAAGAUUAGUUUCGAGUAAAAUAUUGUGUAC